CUGACCCCUUGGACCAGUGUACUUUAUUCUCGGAGCGGGGUGCCUCGGCCUCAUCUCCUUUCGCGGCGGUAAGGCGACACCGCGAGAGCGCCAGCCACCGCCGCCAGUCGCACCACAGCACGCGUCGACUCGACAUCUUUUCAUCCAGAGGAGUAACAAACACAAACCGCCAAAAUGGACGCGAUCAAGAAGAAGAUGCAGGCGAUGAAGCUGGAGAAGGACAACGCCCUGGACCGUGCCGCCAUGUGCGAGCAGCAGGCCAAAGACGCCAACCUUCGCGCUGAGAAGGCCGAGGAGGAGGCCAGACAGCUCCAGAAAAAGAUCCAGACCAUCGAGAACGAGCUCGAUCAGACCCAGGAAUCCCUCAUGCAAGUCAAUGGCAAGCUCGAGGAGAAGGAGAAGGCGCUGCAAAACGCCGAAUCGGAAGUGGCGGCCCUCAACCGACGCAUCCAGCUGCUGGAAGAGGACCUGGAGAGGUCCGAGGAGCGUCUCGCCACUGCCACCGCCAAACUGGCUGAGGCCAGCCAGGCCGCCGAUGAGUCCGAACGAAUACGCAAGGCGCUGGAAAACCGGACCAACAUGGAGGACGACCGUGUUGCCAUCUUGGAGGCCCAGCUCUCUCAGGCCAAGCUCAUCGCUGAGGAGUCUGACAAGAAAUACGAAGAGGUGGCGCGCAAGCUCGUCCUCAUGGAACAAGACCUCGAGCGGGCUGAGGAGCGCGCUGAACAAAGCGACUGUAAAAUCGUCGAGCUUGAGGAGGAGCUCCGUGUUGUUGGUAACAACCUGAAGUCUCUUGAAGUUUCCGAGGAGAAGGCGAUGGCGUCCCGCGAGCACGUCGAGGAUAAGAUCCACAGCCUUUCGCAGAAACUAUCGCAAGCGGAAGCCCGUGCUGAGUUCGCCGAGCGUUCCGUGCAGAAACUCCAGAAGGAGGUCGACAGGCUUGAAGAUGACCUGAUCGCCGAAACGGAGAGGUUCAACGACAUCAGUGACGACAUCGACGACUCGUUCGUGGAGCUUAUCCCGGGCGUCGACCCCACGUCGAAACAGAUCGAGAUCGCGCGCAAAGAGUACGAGCGCUUACACCCGCCAAAGUUGCCCACGCCCCCACCACCACCCGCGCCAGAACCGGAACCUGCACCGCCCGCGGAACCUGCACCACCGGCUGAGGGAGCUCCAGCCGUCGAGGGUGCACCGCCCGUCGAGGGUGCGCCACCGGCAGAGGGCGCCCCACCUGCAGAGGGUACACCACCGGCGGAGGGAGUUGUCCCACCCGUGGAAGGUGCUGCACCCCCUGCUGAGGGCGCCCCUCCGGCAGCGGAAGGCGCCGCGCCUCCCGCCGAAGGUGCUCCAGCUGCAGUGGCGGGUGCUGUACCACCAGCGGAAGGCGCACCCGCUGCAGCCCCGGCUGAGGGAACCGCACCAGCUGCACCAGUUGAGGGAGCUCCUGCCGCACCUCCAACUGAGGGUGCUCCUGCUGCACCACCCGUAGAGGGUGCACCAGCACCCGCAGAAAGUGCACCUGCACCCGCUGCUCCUGCAGAAGGUGCACCGGCUGCUCCCGCCGCUGCACCUGCAGAGGGCGCUCCCGCCCCCGCGGCACCGGCUGAGGCCGCUCCCGCAGCAGCGCCUCCGGCUGAAGCCGCUCCUGCCGCCGCUCCUGCGCCCGCCCCAGCCCCCGCGCCUGUUGCAGAAGCUCCUGCACCAGCACCAGCUGAGACUACGCCGGCUGCGCCUGUCGAAGCCGCUCCUCCGUCAUAAGAAAAUAAUUAUAUCGUUCUACCGUAUUCGCAUAAAGUUUGAGAACUUCUAUGUAAUAGUGUUUCGGUAUUAAAUCUAAGUCGGGGUCGUCUACAUCAGAAAUUCGGAAUCGGAAUAUAAAUUCCUUUCAUUGCGUAGGAUGCGUUUGAAUAUCUUUGAGCGAUAUCUGAAAUAAGAUUAAACUCGUGGCGUCCGAGUGUUACUACUGUAUCCUAGUAUAUUAAUGUUUCAGUGUAAAAUAUUUUUUAUUUCUAAAUAAAUAAAUGACAAAAUAUAGCUGAUGGAAUACAACCGUGGGCUAGAGAGCUAAACAUAAAUCCUUGUACUGAAUGAGGUAUGGCAUGCGU